CAGUACGCUGUCAGUAGGUGGCGCUGGUGAAUGAGGAAGUAACAGUAGCGGUGGGAGGAGUGAAGCGCGGUUCUGAGGGAGUAAACACUGUUAGCUUCGUUAGCAUAGUUACAAGUUUAAUAUCGAUGCGCUUUCUUAUGUACAUUUAUAAUAUUUAACCUUUAAAAAUAAAUAAACAAUUAGAAGUUUAAACUCUCUUAUGGUGAUUUUUUAUAAAGUCUGUUAGAGUUACAGUUUGAGAGCAGAGCAGCUAAUACACACAGAGAUGGACGGUGAGGAGGAUUUUGUAUCGGAACCGUCGGAUCUCUCCCGGUCUCACAGAGGAAGUGUUUCAUCAUCAGUUACUCGUGUUCAGGAAGUGCUGGUGUACCUGGUGAGUGACGGUGUUGUACAGGUGUGUGUGGAGAACGUGGCGAGUGUGUGUGUACAGGAGCUGGGACGCACAGUGAGAGACGCCCUGAGUGUUCCCGAUUCAUCUCAUGAUGUUUUCUCCUUCUGGCUCUGCUCUCCACUGCUGGAGCUGCAGCUGAAGCCGAAACAUCAGCCGUAUAAACUGUGCCGUCAGUGGCAGGACCUGCUGUACCGCUUCACUGAGGCUCCUACAGACGACAUCAGUCUAGAUGAACCGUGUCUGCAGUACAGGAGAAACGUCUUCUACCCCAAAGCUAAAGAACUCCAGAUUGAAGAUGAGAGUGUGCUGCGGCUCCUCUAUGAUGAAGCGAAGUUAAAUAUCAUUGAAGGCCGGUACCCAUGUGACCCUGAACACUGGACCCGAUUGGCUGCUCUAUCCUGCGCUAUAGAGAUUGGCACGGGUCUCGAUGAUCAGCAGCUGUUAGCACAGAUCAGAGUGAAGAAGUUAUCAUCGCUGGUACCAGCCCACGUCCUCUCAGGAUCGGGGGGGUUUCUGUCCUCACUGAGGAUGAGGGGGGGUCGCCGUGCUGAACUGGAGCAGAACCUGCUGAAGGAAUAUCACACACUCCAUACACACUCCCACAGCCCCACCCUCCUCCACCUGUACCUCAGUACCUGUCACACACUGCCUUACUACGGCUGUGCGUUUUUUGGAGGUGAGGUAGAUAAACCAGUACAGGGGCUCCUGCAGCGUGGGGGGCGUAAAGCCGUCAGUGUUGGGAUCAGUCUGGAGGGAGUUUAUGUCAUGGACAUGAAGGAGAAGCACGUGCUGCUGGGGCUGCGUUUCUCAGAGUUAUCGUGGGAUCACACGUACCCCGACAGUGAGGGAGACUCUCACAUCCUGUGGCUGGAGUUCGAUGGAGAAGAAAAUGGAACUGCUGUUAAUAAACUACUCAAGAUUUACUCUAAACAGGCGGAGCUGAUGAGCGGACUGAUUGAAUUCUGUGUAGAGUUGCGUGCAGUGAGUGAGGCGGCUGCGUCCCAAUCCGCCGUGUCCCAGUGUGAGGGUGAGGAUGGAGGGAGGGAGCGGCGGGGGGGGAAGGUGCGGCGGCAGAACAGCGUCGUGAGCAGCAGAGUGCACACACUCGACACCAUCAGCUACGUGGACGACGGUAAAGAAAUCAAACGUCUGAAACCGAAGAGAGCGGCGUCGUUCUUCACCCGCCAGCCCUCCACCUACUCUACUGUACAGGCUAACGAUAAUCUGGAACAGAGCUGAUCCACUCACUACUGCCCCCUACAGAGCAGGACCAAACCCACACACACACACACACACACACACACACACACACACACACACACACACACACACACUGAUGAUGAUGGACCAAGCUCACACCGUGUCUGAACGUCUGUAUUAUGUGAAUGUUACAGAGUUAAUGUUACUGAAAUAUUUCUGCACAUCAGAAGGAAGAGAAGAUUAAACACACUAUGCAACACCUACAGCAUCAGACCAAACCUGAGGAUUCAGUACUGUAACUACUGCAGCUCUAACCACGUCUACAGUGCCUCUCACCCUGUCUGAUCUCUGUCUGAUCUCUGUACAUCAGUGUUUUCUUCAGUCAGACAGGAAGUGUCAGUUUAUCACUGCUCUACUGAGCACUUUAUACACACACACACACACACAUCUGACACUGUCUGAUAGAAUCUGAUACUGUCUGAUAGAGCCGGACCGAUACUGCUAUUGAGGAGCAUAAAAAUCGAUCAUAAAUCAAUUACUGAUCAUAUCUUUGUCUAAACUUUGUCUAAACUCGGCUCUUUUAGAGCUUCAGUCCUGAUUGAUUCUGAUUAAACUGUUAAUGUUUUACUAACGACACAAACACACACACACACAAAUCCAAACCACAACACGGUGAUUCAAGGUGACGAUCACCAAGAAAAACUCAUGAAAAUUCUCCUGUUAUUAAAUUAGUGCCAAAUUAAUGAUGCUGCUGUAAAGAAUCAUGUAAUUGUAUAAUUUUUUUAAUUCUGUUACAAUGAAUUCAUUACAGAUUAUUAAUCAGGAUUUUACACACUGAAAAUCUAAUUAAAAUCAAAACAGUUUUUCAUUUAUUCAGAUUGAAAUGACUGCAGCUAAAUGCUUUAUCUAACUUAAUAUUGUAACUUGAUUUUUUUAUUUUAUUUUUACUGAUUACUGUUUACAACCAGCCACUAAAGCCUCGAUAAUCCACUUUAAUAAUCCAGCUGCUUCACUCCUUAAUUAAAUCAAUAAACAAUAAUCUGAUUUAUAUUUCAGUGAUCAAUAAUGAAUAAAAAACUAGCAGUGCUACUUAAUACCUACUUGUGUAAAAGUUUGUACCCCCCUGGUUAUAUUCCAUGCUCUGUUCAGACCUGCACCACCGAGAUCAGAGUAACUCUCCUGAAUUCUGAAGUGAAUAAAGUUUCAGUCCGACCGCUUUUAACUUUAAUGUAUCUGCUUUCACUUCUGCUGGCUUCAUCAUGAUUUAUAACUUUUGUUAAAUUCUAAAUCUCUGUAAAGAUGAAUAAAUCUCUAAUGACCAAAACUUUCUUAGUUCUAUUAGAUAAGUGUUUUUCUGUUCAGCAGUUUGUUUUUAUAUUUGUUUAAAAGUGAAAGUUUUGCUGCAGUUUUAUCACUAAAUCUUUAAUAAAUCAGUUCUUUUUAUUUUCAUGUUGAUCUGAAAUUUGUGUGAUUUGGAAUAAAAUGCACUAAUAUUAAG